AGAAGCCAAUCAGAGCUAAGAUCCACUUCCGCUUUGUUGAGGUUAGGUUGAAGCGCAAGAGACCCAUGUGGGUCCAAUGUUGACUUGAAUCUCGAGAAACUUAACGAUUUGUCGACAAUAGCUUCUGUAUUACUUUGUCUCUACGACCUUUGCCAUGUCUUCGUCUUUCUUUAUGAAGGCGUCACAGAAGCCUAAAUUAAGAAAAACGGGGAAAAAUGCAACUGUUUCCAAACGCAAAGGUGACGGCGAUUCCGGUGGUAAAGUGAAAAGCAAGAAACUGAACUCAAAAUACAACGAAGAGAUUUCCAGCGACUCCGAGACAGAGAGUCCCGUAGUUGGCAAGAAAAGGCAGUCCAAAAACGAACAUGAAUAUGAUGAGACGCCACAGGAGAAGAAGCUUAGAUUAGCCAAACUUUACCUGAGUCAGCUCAAGGAAGAAGAAGAAAACAAGGAUGAAGACAAGUCGUUUGAGACUGAGCUGAUUGCUGGGAGGCUUCAAGACGAAGUGCUUGAACAAAAAGGAAAACUUCAGCGACUUAUUGCCAAAGAUCUACUGCCGCCUGAUGCUUCUGAAAUCCGUCUUCUAAGAGGGCACAAGCUGCCCAUCACCUGCCUGGUCAUAAGUCCCGACGACAAGUACAUCUUCUCUGCUGCGAAAGACUGCUCCAUCAUCAAGUGGGAUGUUGAGAGCGGUAAAAAGCUGAGCGUCAUACCCGGUGGUAGGAAAGGUACGGAGGAUCGCCAUGUCGGACACACAGCUCACAUCCUCUGUAUGUCCAUAACAUCAGAUGGCAAAUACUUGGCCACUGGUGACAUGAACAAGCUGAUCAUGAUUUGGGAGGCUGAAACGUGCAAAUAUGUCUACAAAUUCACAGGACACAAAGGCCCUGUGUCGGGUAUCUCAUUCAGGAAGGGUACUCACGACUUGUACAGCGCUUCACAUGAUCGCUCCGUCAAAGUGUGGAACGUGGACGAAAAUGCCUACGUGGAGACUCUCUUUGGCCAUCAGGACGCCAUCAUGGGCUUGGACAGUCUGAGCCGAGAGCGCUGCGUGACGGCCGGCGGGCGCGACCGCUCCGUGCGCGUGUGGAAAAUCGCAGAGGAGUCGCAGCUGGUCUUCCACGGACACGAGGGUUCAAUUGAUUGCGUCCAGCUGAUUAAUGAGGAGCACAUGGUCACAGGAGCCGACGACGGCUCUGUGUGUCUUUGGAGCGUCAACAAGAAGAAGCCGCUCAGCACGGUGAAACAGGCUCACGGUUGCCAUGGAGAUGCCGGUCUGGAGCAGCCUCAUUGGGUAGCCGCCGUGGCCGCGCUUCAGAACUCCGACGUCGUAGCCUCAGGUGCUUCUGGCUGUUCCAGCAACUCUCAGGUGCAGCUGUGGAAGUGCGGUCAGAACUAUCGAGGACUGGAGCCUCUCUUUAGCGUCCCACUGGUGGGCUUUGUCAACAGCUUAAAGUUUUCCCACUCUGGUCACUUCUUAGUAGCAGGAGUCGGACAGGAGCACAGGUUGGGCCGAUGGUGGCGACAAAAGGAGGCCAAGAACGGGGUCUGCAUCAUUCCCCUUAAAAGGAAACCUCCCAGCCAAGAAGAAGCAAGCUUGGACAACUGAAUAGGGGACUUUUUUUCUCUUUUGUACAUUAAAGGCUUCCAACAUCA